GCUUUUUGGGCGGCCCGCAGGUCCGGGCGCGUCCCGCCUUGCGCGUGCGCAGACGAUAAACCAACGCCCCGGAGUUGAGGCGCGGGUGUAGUGCCGCGUUUUAGUGAAGUCGCACGUGAAGAGCAGCGGUGGCCAGAUCCCGAUCCAGCCAUGGCAGGCUUAGGCAGCGGUUCGCCAUGGGGCAAGUAUCUGUUCAAAGUUGUCCUGAUGGUGCUCGUGGCCCUCCUGCUCCUGCACUCAGCGUCUUCCCAGUCACAUCGAGACUUUGUGACACCGGGCCAGCAGAAGAGGGAGGCCCCGGUUGAUCUCUUGAGCCAGAUCGGUCGCUCUGUGCGGGGAACCUUGGAUGCCUUGAUUGGGGCAGAAACCAUGCACCUGGUUUCCGAGACCUUGGCGCAGAUAAUGUGGGCCAUCUCAUCAGCCAUUUCUGUGGCCUUCUUUGCACUGUCUGGGAUCGCUGCUCAGUUGCUGAACGCCUUGGGGCUAGAAGGAGAUCACCUCACCGAGGGCCUGAAGCUCAGCCCCAGCCAAGUCCAGACCUUCCUACUGUGGGGAGCAGGCGCCCUGGUUGCCUAUUGGCUGCUGUCAGUGCUCCUCGGCUUGGUCUUGGCCUUGCUGGGGCGGAUCCUGUGGGGCCUGAAGCUUGCCCUCUUCCUGGCUGCCUUUGUGGCCCUGGUGAGGUCCGUGCCCGACCCCUCCACCCGGGCGCUGCUUCUCCUGGCCUUGCUGACCCUCUACGCCUUGCUGAGCCGGCUCACUGGCACCCGCGCCUCGGGGGCCCAGCUGGAGGCCAAGGUUCGGGGUCUGGAACGCCAGGUGGAGGAGCUGCGCUGGCGGCAGAGGCGAGCGGUCAAGGGGCCCCGGAACGUGGAGGAGGAGUGAGAGGGUCGUCGGACGCUGCUCCCUGCAUCAUACCAAAGAGCCCAGCUGAUUCUGGGUCGCACAACCCUCCUUCCAGCCCCCUGCCCCUUUCUCGCCCUGUCUCUGAACCUUUCAGACCUUUCUCUCUGCAGCCCCUUAGCCGAGAGAGGAAGACCAUGCCCCAACUUGUCCUCAGGGGCCCUGUCCUCUGAGGUUCUCUUGUUUGGGCUUGGUUCUCCCCACUCUUUCUCUGCUCCCAGCCUGUCUUAGCAGGGCAGGUGGUUGGCGGGGGGCUCCUGCCAGCUUCUGCACCUGCUCUCAGCAAACACCCCAAUCACUGCCAAUGGCCUCCAUGACUCAGCCACGACUUGCCUUCCUCCAGUGCUCUUUCCCUCCUGUCCUUCUCUACCUCCCCCUUUGCCAAGUCCCCUGCUUCCAUCCUUGUUUGUCUUCUCCUCCCAGCCCUGUACUCCAACCAAACCCCAGUCCCUCAAGGCGUGCUCCUGUCCCUUUCAUUGCCCAGUGGUGGGGUUGGGGAGAGGCAGUGCCUGUGGAGCCUGAGGGCAAACAGAAGUGAGGAAGUUCCCACCUGGGGCCGGGGCUGGAACGUACCUUGAGUCUGUUACAAGUGCCUUAAUCCGAGCCAGCGGGGUCCUCCGUUUGCCUGCUGCUGCCAUACUGUAUGUAAGAAACUUCCCUGUGGCUGCUUUGUGUCAAGAGGAAAGUGGUUCCUCUCGGAUUCUUGAUUCCCCUUCAGCCAGAGCAAAAGAUGACUGCUUUGCAGGCUUGUGCCUGCAAGUAGGACCCUGCGAUGGGACCCCCAUGGGGGUUUCAGAGACCCUGAAGGAGGAAAGAGGACUCAUCUUCCUGUCUGCACAGCUCCAGAUGGUUCUCCCUCUCUCUCUCCGUCAUUGCCACUGAGGAUUCGCUGAUCAGCGGCCCAGGAGGAGAGCAGCACAGACAACAGAGAUGUACCACACAGCCCCUUCUCAUGCCCUGCAGCUGAGAUGUCCCCACUGUGGGGGGGCCACUCAUUUCUUCCUCCAAGGCUCUGGUGGAGGUGGGUGGCCUCCUCUGCCAGGCCCUGCACACGAUGUGAAGAGUAAAGAAAUGCCCAGUUCUUACUGUUGAAGUUGAAAUGGAAUCACAGCUGCAGUGAUAUAUAUAUAUAUAUUUUUAUCGGCGCUUGGUUGGUUUUAAAUAAAGUGCACGCUAUUUUAUUA